UUGUGCGCGCCGCGGCGUCCAGCAUGCAGUGUGCACGUGUUGUGUUUUUUGUGGAACCUGCCCCAGUCAUCUGCUGAUAAUCGAGAACAAAAUUCUUGCGCCAAAUGUUAGGUUUUCAUCGUAACAUCGUGAGGCCGAAUUUUUUGUUUUAUUCAGUUCGAAAAGGAGCUUCUGUUUGUCGACAUUUAAGUGAUAUGAAAUCGCGAUAUGGAUGAAACGGAAAAUAGAAUCAUUUUUGAUGAGUUCUGCCACGAAACCUAUGCAGAGUCUAGGACAAGCCCGGUUGUAAGCCGUGAAAAACUUGAAAUCGUCGAAAGGGUUUUGAGAGGUGAUAGCAAAGCGAGUUCGUCGGAUCAAAGAUUGAAACGCUUUAGAGCCUUUACCCAAAAGCACAAGCUGGUGUUGGCAAGCCUCCAGUCAUGCGGUAACGAGGAAGAGUUCGUAGCAGUCAAGGAACAAAACGAAACAUGUAAGAGGGUUGUAUGCUUUGAGGACUUUUUCGAUGUUAUAAAAGAUGUACACGACAAUGUUGUUGGCCAUGGCAGCUCCAAAAGUACUUUCAAUGCGAUCCAAUCGAGGUAUGCGCUCGUACCAAGGAAAGCCGUAGAGAAGUUUUGCUCUCUUUGCGUGACCUGCCAGCAACCCAAGACAUGCAAGACGCUUAAGAGGAAGCAUACACCACCCGUGAAAUGGACUCCCAUUAUCACACCAAACAGAAAGUCCAAACAUAAAGGCCAAGCUAAAAAGUUUCGUAUUGAGACAGACACCUUUGGUGAGUUGGAGGUUCCGGCUGACAAGUACUAUGGAGCCAACACGGCCAGGUCCUUCAUGAACUUUGACAUCGGAGGAGAACGGGAGAAGAUGCCAGUGCCUCUAAUUCGGGCAUUCGGAGUUCUCAAGGGUGCUGCUGCUGAGGUGAACAAAAAAUUUGGACUUGAUCCAAAGAAAGCCGAGUACAUUGUCAAAGCCGCUAAAGAGCUUGAGGAGGGCAAGCUAGACAGCCACUUCCCGUUGGUGAUUUGGCAGACUGGGUCUGGUACCCAGACUAACAUGAAUGUGAACGAGGUGAUUAGCAAUCGGGCCAUCCAGAUGCUGGGGGGAGUCAUGGGCAGCAAGUCCCCCAUUCAUCCCAAUGACGAUGUCAACAAGAGUCAGAGUUCCAACGACACAUUCCCCACUGCCAUGCACAUAGCAGUUGCCUUGGAGAUCCAGAGUUGUCUGUUGCCAGGGUUACAUGCGCUCCAUGAUGCAUUGCGGCAGAAAGAAGAACACUUCAAAGAAAUCGUCAAGAUUGGAAGGACUCACACUCAGGAUGCCACGCCCUUGACCCUCGGCCAGGAGUUCGGUGGGUAUCGGACACAGAUAGCCAACGGCAUGGACAGGGUGCAAGACACCCUGCCAAGACUCUAUCAGCUGGCAGCAGGUGGGACCGCAGUUGGGACUGGGUUGAAUACCAGGAUUGGCUUUGCCGAGAAAGUGGCCGAGACGAUUAAGAAACGCACAGGUUUGCCCUUCGUGACGGCCCCCAACAAGUUUGAAGCCCUGGCUGCCCGCGACGCCCUAUUAGAGGUCCACGGCGCCCUCAAUGUUGUGGCGUGCAGCAUCAUGAAGAUAGCCAAUGACAUUCGCUUCCUGGGAUCGGGGCCGAGGUGUGGGCUGGGAGAGCUCAGUUUGCCGGAGAACGAGCCCGGGAGUAGCAUAAUGCCUGGCAAAGUGAACCCAACCCAGUGCGAGGCAAUCACCAUGGUGGCAGCGCAGGUCAUGGGGAACCAGACCGCGGUCACGGUCGGAGCCAGCAACGGCCAUUUUGAGCUGAACGUGUUCAAGCCGAUGAUUGUCUCCAACGUCCUGCGCUCCAUCCGUCUGCUGGGAGAUGGCAGCGUUUCCUUCGCGACCAAAUGCGUGGCUGGCAUUGUGCCAAACACGGACACAAUUAGCAGAUACCUGAAUGAGUCUCUAAUGUUGGUCACUGCCCUCAACCAGCACAUCGGCUACGACAAGGCCGCCAAGAUUGCGAAGCAUGCCCACGCCAACGGCACGACACUCAAGGAAGCCGCCUUAGCCUUGGGUCAUGUGACUGAAGAACAGUUUGAUCAGUGGGUGCGGCCGGAACUAAUGCUAGGGCCAAAAUGAAAAAGAAAGAAACCAGUCUUGAAAUAUUAUGAGUUUUCAACCUUUGGGCAUUUUUGAUAAUGUGGUGAGGGAAGGGUGGUAGGCUUAUUUUUGAGGUUUACUUUCACAUUCUGUUUGAACUGCAAUUUUAUCUCAAGUUUUAAUACCGUUGGGCACAAUUGCAGAAUACCCUGCCACUCAAUCUAUCCACCUCGUAGCCGGCUACGAGGUCACGGUUGAUUGACCUCAAUAAACCUUCUCAGCGCUACU